GCAGAGGCAGCACGCAAUCGAGCUGUCAAGAGAGCGUCAGCUUAUUAGGCAAAUGCUGCGUGCUUUCUGAAGAGGGUCGACAUUAUAAAAUCUCACUCCAGGAUCUGGUGUGGAGAAACUCAGAGCCCAAGUACGUUGAGAGACUGAAGAGAAAGGGAAAAAGAGAAGAGAGAGGAGGAGAAGAAGAAAACCUGCAGGAGGCAGCCUGGGAGAGGUCCCUCUGCAGAGGCAACGGUGCGAGCUCACCUGCCAAGGGAGAAGAGAGCGCCCCUAACAUGCGGCUGCGGCUGCUGGUGUCCGCGGGCAUGCUGCUGGUGGCUCUGUCGUCCUGCCUGCCUUGCAGGGCCCUGCUGAGCAGGGGAUCCGUCCCCCGAGCGCCGCGGGCCCCGCAGCCCUUGAAUUUCUUGCUGCCGGAGCAGCCCCAGCAACCUCAGCCGGUUCUGAUCCGCAUGGGUGAAGAAUACUUCCUCCGCCUGGGGAACCUCAACAGAAGUCCCGCUGCUCGGCCGUCCCCCAACUCCACGCCCCUCACCGCGGGUCGCGGCAGCCGCCCCUCGCACGACCAGGCUGCGGCUAACUUUUUCCGCGUGUUGCUGCAGCAGCUGCAGAUGCCUCAGCGCUCGCUCGACAGCCGCGCGGAGCCGGCGGAACGCGGAGCCGAGGAUGCCCUCGGUGGCCACGAGGGGGCGCUAGAGAGGGAGAGGCGGUCCGAGGAGCCGCCCAUCUCUCUGGAUCUCACCUUCCACCUUCUGCGGGAAGUCUUGGAAAUGGCCAGGGCAGAGCAGUUAGCUCAGCAAGCUCACAGCAACAGGAAAUUGAUGGAGAUUAUCGGGAAAUGAAAUGUUGCGCUUGGCCAAAACGAUUCUGCAUUUAGCACACAAGUAAAAAUAAAAAUUUAAAACACAGUAUUCUGUACAAUAUUGCAGCUCUGAUAUCAUUUGUUUAUUUUUAUAUAGCUUGAAGCAUAGAAGAUGUACAGGGAGAGAGCCUAUAUACCCCUUAAUUAGCAUGCACAAAGUGUAUGUCUGUGUAGUAACAAAAGAACGUUAUUUGUAUUGCCCAUGCUUAAUUUCUAUGUGCAAAUAAGCGACUUUAUAGCUUAUUAUAUCUUAAAGAAAAUGUGGACCCAAGGAGGAAACCUUUUAAAAAGCAGAUGGGAGUCACCCAGUUGUUUUUAUUUGGAGCUGCAGUGAAAGAGAAAUCAUUCUUGAGGGGUGGCUAGGACGCAAUGUGUAAGCUCCCUGAAUCAACUUUUUCUUGUAAAUGUUUCAGUAGUAAAACAUCUUUCUGAUUCUUGGUCAAUUUGGUUGUGUAAGAGAACGUUAAAUAUAUUUUUAAUAAAAUCUUCAAAGGUU